AUGGCUCUGUUCCGAGGUCACAAGGCCUCCCUUUCCAAAUAUACUACCUCUCCUUAUCCAUAUAGCUAUCACGUAUUCUUUAGCUUCAGAGGUGAAGACACCCGAAAGAACUUUACUGAUCACCUCUACACGGCCCUUGUCAAUGCCGGAUUUCAUACUUUCAGGGAUGGUCCUGAACUCGAGAGAGGGGAGAAUAUCAAGGAAAAGCUUGAGAAUGCCAUUCGACAGUCCCGAAGUUCUGUCAUUGUGUUUUCGAAAGACUACAACUCUUCCAGAUGGUGUCUGGAUGAGCUUGUCAUGAUCCUUGAACUCAAGAGGACCUCCGAUCAUGUUGUGUUACCGGUCUUCUACGACAUCGAUCCAUCCCAUGUGAGGCAGCAGGCAGAGACUCUUUCAAAGGUUCCUAAAUACCAAGAAAAUCAAUCGUCGGAGAAGUUGAAUGGAUGGCGGGCAGCGCUUAGAGAAGUUGCAGAUCUAGCAGGCAUGGUUUUACAAAAUGAAGCUGACGGGCACGAGUCAAGGUUCAUCCAAAAGAUUGUUACAGUGAUUCAGGAAAAGCUAGGUCGUGUGCCCCUAAGCGAUGUCCUGGAGGAAUUACAGGAGAAGUUGUUAUCUGUUAACCCUGUUCUUGAUGACGCCGAGGGUAAGCAACUGAAAUUCCAAACAAGUGUGAAGCCAUGGCCCCAUAAGCUUAAAGAGGCUGUCUAUGCUGCUGAGGACCUGUUGGAGGAGAUCAAAACAGAAGCCUCGAGGCUAAAGAUAGAACACGAUUAUGGGAGUAGCACGAGUAAGGUACAAGAUCAGCUCAUCUCUACUCCGUCUCAUGCUUUUGACCCAGCAUUAACAUACCCCAGGAUAAAGAAAGUUCUUGAAAGACUAGACAACAUUACGAAGCAGACAAAAGAUGUUCUGGCUUCGGUAGUAACCGCUGGACACAGAGUAUCACAAACACUACCAUCAACUUCUUUGGUAGGAAGGUCUGUGUGUGGAAUAGAUGAAGAGAAAGAAAGAUUGGUUAAAUUAUUGCUAUCAGAUGAUAAAAUAGGUGUGAUUCCUAUUGUGGGUAUGGGUGGGAUCAGAAAGACCACCCUUGCCCAGUUUCUAUACAAUGAUGUCAGAGUGCAGCAACAGUUUCCAAUUGAUGGAUUAGACUAG